AUGGGGGCGGCCAGAGGGUUCCUCUUGUUUAUCCGCGUCUUGGCGGGAUUAUGGCUUACAGCCGAUUGUUCCAAGUUCACCGCCGAUGAACUGCUUUGCUCGAGUUACCCGAAAAAAAUAUCUAAUGAUGUCGAUUUAGACCCCUGCAAGGCCGGUAAUUUUAUGGGUGAUAUAGCCGUACCUGAUGUAGAAUACACCAAUAAAAAAGAAAAAGACAGACAAUUAUAUGCAGAAAAAAUUGAAAAAUAUAAGAAAGAAAUCAACGAAGGGCUGCAAAUCGAAGAAGAGGGUAUAGUACAAGGGAUGAGUAAGUCAAUUGAUGUAACGCAGAUCAAGAUUAGACACAAGCACAACAAUAGGACAAGGAAGAAUCACUUGAACAGGAGAAAAAACGACGAUCAUUGGGAUAAAACAACAGUUGAUAAUUCUUUAAGCAGGAACAUUGUCCAUUCGAGGAGACGUAGAGCGGCCACUGCAAGAAAAGAAAGAGUAUGGGAUUUCGGCGUAAUACCUUACGAGAUCGACAGUAGCUUUGGCGGUCCGCACAAAGCGCUGUUCAAACAAGCCAUGCGACAUUGGGAAAAUUUCACGUGCAUUAAAUUCGUUGAACGCAAUCCUGACGAGCACCCUAAUUACAUUGUGUUCACCGAAAGACCUUGUGGAUGUUGUUCUUUCGUGGGCAAACGUGGCAAUGGCCCGCAGGCGAUAUCUAUAGGCAAAAACUGCGACAAGUUCGGCAUCGUUGUACACGAACUUGGACAUGUGGUCGGUUUCUGGCACGAACAUACCAGGCCGGAUCGUGACAAUCACGUGCAGAUCGUGAGAGAUCACAUCAUAGUCGGACAAGAAUAUAAUUUCAAUAAAUUAACUGAAGAAGAGGUAAAUUCGUUGGGUCUUCCAUACGAUUAUGAUUCCAUCAUGCACUACGCUAAGAACACGUUUUCAAAGGGAUCGUAUUUAGAGACAAUACAUCCAAUCGAUGCGGUAAGAAAUUUGAAGAAACGGCCAGAGAUCGGACAACGUGUCCGUCUCAGUGAAGGAGAUAUAGCCCAGACGAAGCUUUUGUAUAAAUGUUACAGGUGUGGAAAGACCUUGCAGGAAAACAGCGGCAUUUUUGGUUAUUCACCCGAACCUGGACAGGAGUAUGGAGACAGAUGCGAAUGGCGUAUCACGGCCACGCAUGGCGAACGUAUAGUGUUGAACAUCACUGAGCUUGACGUAUUGAAAUCAGACCAAUGUAGUACUGAUUAUUUAGAAAUCCGUGAUGGAUACUGGCACAAAUCUCCACUGCUUGGCAGGUUUUGCGGGAGUGUUCGUAUCCAAGACCUCAUAGUGACUGGCAACAGCAGAAUGCUCAUCAGUUUUAUGAUGUCUGACAAAGGUACAAAAUACAAAGGAUUCACGGCGAAUUAUGAAGCCAUUUGUGGAGGAGAAGUCAUGGUGACUGAUGAACAAGGACACUUAGAAUCCCCUAAUUUUCCAGAUGAUUAUUUACCGAAUAAAGAGUGUGUUUGGAAACUUACAGCACCAGAGGGAUAUCAAGUUGGAUUGAAAUUUAACGUAUUCGAGAUCGAAAACCACGACAAUUGCUUCUAUGAUUACGUGGAGAUUAGAAAUGGGCACUCGGCCGACAGCCCUUUGAUAAACAAGUAUUGUGGUUACAAGCUACCCUUGGACGUUCACUCUAGCACAAAUAAGCUGUACGUCAAAUUUCUAUCGGACAGCUCCGUGCAGAAGGCCGGAUUUUCCGCCACAUUUAUGAAAGAAUACGAUGAAUGCACUUCAGUGGAUCACGGAUGCGAGCAGUUUUGCAUCAACACACUAGGUGGAUACGAUUGCGCCUGCAAAGUAGGCUUUGAGCUACAUUCAGACAACAAACAUUGCGAAGACGCUUGCGGUGGUAUAAUCGAAGCGACCAAUGGCACGAUUACAAGUCCUUCGUUUCCAGAUCUGUAUCCCGGAAAUAAAAGUUGCAUAUGGGAAAUAAUAGCGCCAGUUCAAUUCAAAAUCACACUGAACUUUACUCACUUCGACUUGGAAGGGAAUAAUUUACACCAGGCUGAAUGCGAAUACGAUCGAGUAGAAGUGUACAGCAAAAUUGGUUCGGAUAAACUCAGGAAACACGGGGUGUACUGCGGUCAAGAAGCACCAUCCAUGAUAACUUCAGAGGCAAAUGCACUGCGCGUGGAAUUUGAGUCGGAUAGCUCUGUGCACAAGACCGGAUUCGCUGCAGUUUUCUUUACUGAUAUGGACGAGUGUGCCGUCAACAACGGCGGAUGCCAACAUGAAUGCAAAAACACUCCCGGAUCAUAUGAGUGCACGUGCAACAACGGAUUCACAUUACACGAGAACAAGCACGAUUGCAAGGAGGGUGGUUGUAAACAUGAGAUUUCGGCUCCACGUGACGUCAUCACCAGUCCCAACUACCCAGACUCGUAUCCAGGUCGAAAGGAUUGCGUCUGGCAUUUUACCACCACUCCGGGUCACAGGAUCAAAGUGCUGUUUGACACAUUUGAAAUGGAACCGCAUCAAGAGUGUGCUUAUGAUCAUAUUACGUUCUACGACGGGCCCACACCGGAUUCGCAGAUUCUCGGACGGUUUUGCGGUUCCAAGAUCCCGCACCCCAUAGUAUCCUCGUCCAAUCAACUGUACUUGGCCUUCAAAAGCGAUGCGUCGGUACAACGCAAAGGAUUUUUAGCCACGCACAGCACAGUUUGCGGCGGCAGACUAAUAGCCACGAACAGCGUGAAACAUUUUUACUCGCAUUCCAAUUAUGGCGAUCUGAACUACGACAGCGAUGCUAUGUGCGAAUGGACCAUCGAAGCCCAAGCCAACAUGAAUGUGCACUUGACGUUUUUGACUUUCGAGCUGGAAGACGAAAAAGAUUGUAUGUACGACUACGUAGAAGUGUGGAGCAGCUUGGACACAAGUGGACCAUUUUUCGGAAAAUUCUGUGGACCAACCAACCCAACGGAUGUGAUAUCUACGAACGACGCUCUGUUGCUUCGGUUUAAGACAGACAGCACAAUCGUGAGCAAAGGAUUCUCCGCAUCGUACAUAGCUGUAGAAUCGAUGAACCCCAGCGCCGAAUAUUCAUCGUUAACCGACGAAGACGACGUUGAUUUGGCUUUUCACAAGAAUAAAAAAAACAAGAAGAAGAAAAACAAACCAUCAUCGUUGAACCAGACGAAUGGCGGUGGAGACGAUGACGAUAGAGAUAGCGGUGGAGACGAAGACGACGAUGACAAGGACGACGAUGACGAAGACAUGCUUGCCGUCAAAGGUCCAUGAUGACGAUAUAAUAUACGAUAUUAUAUGUAAAAACAUAGUAACCCGGCGACGAUGGACGGUUGAGAUAACACAAAAAAAAAAAAAAUCUAAAAAGAAACAAACCAUUAGUUUAUUAUAAUUAUUCGAUGUAGUGAUGUCUAGAAUAUUACCUCCACGAGACCCCUAUUUAUAAUAAUUAUCAUUAUCGUAAGUGUAACGGGUGCCCGUUGUAUAUCAUUAUUCUUUGGAUCGUAAAACCUGCACUGCAGUCGAAGCCGCUUACCAUUAUGUGCCAAAUAGAAAACGAUCGACUCGCCGUGUCAUACAUAAUAAUAUAACAAUAUAUAAUAAAAUAACAUGCAUCAAUGUCAUAUACGGUUUUAGCAAGUCGUUGAUCUCAUAUGUAUUAUAUUAUGUUAGAUAUAUGUGAUAAACGUGCGCCUCAAACUCCGAAAUUAAUGUCCAGUCUUAGACACACCCGUCGAAAUCGACAUCAGCUUGAUAAUAUUAUUGAGUUUUUUUAUAAAAUAACACCAUUGUUGUAUUGUACAAUAAUUGCGUUACGCGAACCGAUCGAUCUCGAUGUCGUUUGAAUUAUUAUGAUUAUUUUAUUAUUAUUAUAUUUUACUCGUUUUAUUUUUGUAUAUUCGAUAAUUCGAUCAUUUUUUUUUUUUUACAGUACCAGUAUUUUAUAUUUUGUAAUUAUAUGUUCUUCCAAAGACGUUUAUGAUGUACCAUGUCAAAUGUCGAUGUUAUAGUGUUACCACGUUCAGACGAGAUUUCAAAAUGUUGACAUUGUACCAGCUGUAUACGAAACAAAACGAAACGCCGUCGUUAAAUUCUAAUAAAUAUUACGAUGACGAUAAGCCCCACACGAUCACCGAUAAAUUAAAUACAUAUAGAAAACAUAUCGAGAUCGCCGGUAUAGCGACGCGGAUAGUCAUAUAGGACCCACCCUGCAAGUCGUAUGCUAUUAUAUACAAUUUUUGUUUAAACGUAACAUUUAAAAACCCCGCGUGUGUUGUUUUAAUGUGACAUAAAAAUAAUAUAAUAUCAUUGUACCAACA